UUCCCUUUUACCUCAUCCCAUAUUCGGCUUUCUUUCUUUCUUUUUUUUUUAAUUCUCCUGUCUUGUUCAUCCUUCUAUCUGAAUUGCCAUUUUUAAUUGUUAACCCUUCUGUAUUUUUUUGACUUCCACACGGGUUCCUUACUACCUCACCUUCCACAAUGGCCGCCCCAGGCCAGCCGUCCCCUCAACAGCUCGCCGCCAUGCAACAGCAGUUUGCAGCCGAGGCUGCCAGGCGUGGAAUGACCCCGGAAGAAUUUGCUAAGCAGCAGCGUGAACAGCUCAACGCCGAAGCUGCAAAGCAUGGAAUGACAACUGAACAAUACGUCACACAGCUCAGGAUGCGUGCACUUGCCGCACACCAGAAAGCAGCUCAGAUGCAACAGCAAGGUCAAGGCCCCUCUGCACAGCCGGCACAGCCGGGGCAGCCAGGGCAGGCACCUCAACCCGGACAACCAGCGCAACCUGGACAGCCUGCGCAGGCCCCGCAGCAGCAACCACAACCACAGACUCACCAAGUGCCUGUUAACCCCUCGAAUCCUCCAAACCCCAAGGCGAUCGCGGUUGCCAAGUUCUUGAAAUCGCAGAAUCUGAAAACCAGGACUUGUAUAAUGGAUGGACAGAGAAAAGAUAUGUUCAAAGUGAAACGUGCCAUCCGUGCCCUUGAAUCCCCUGCCUACGCGAAAGCUCAGAAAAAGAACCCGCUACUACCGCCAGUGACAGAUCGUGUUUCGGCUGAGAAUGUAUUCAAACUCCUCCCACUGUCUCUGCUUGCGUUACGAGUGUCUAAAGUGGACCCCCACGCCGGCCAUGGUCAUGCCAAACCCGCAAAACGAGUCAAGGGGUUGUGGACGGUUAAGAUUGAACAACAUCAAGAAGCAAACCCAAUGAUGCACUAUGUCUGGCUUUACGAGGGUCCCCAAUGGAAGCAGAAGGCCAUGGCUGCCGCGGUGGUUGCCGGUAUCUUCGCCGUUGUGCUCUUCCCCUUGUGGCCUAUCAUGCUGAGACAAGGAGUCUGGUACCUUAGCGUGGGUAUGAUGGGCCUGCUUGGUCUGUUCUUUGCCAUGGCUAUCUUCCGCCUGAUCUUGUUCUGCAUUACUGUCUUCGCUGUACCACCUGGUCUUUGGUUAUUCCCCAAUUUAUUUGAGGAUGUUGGUUUCUUCGAUAGUUUCAAGCCCUUGUGGGGCUGGCAAGAGACAAAGAGGAAGAAGAAGAAGUCCAAGAAGGCAUCUGGCGCUGCACCUGAAGCUGCUGGUUCUGAGGUAACUGAGUCGACUCCUACCGCAACCACCACUGCAACCCCGGACGCGGCUGGUCCCGUGAAGCGUGAUCUCACGGCUAGAGUUGAGGAGGUGACAGAAGAGUAAUUUAUAUAAAACUCUUCAUUUGAAAAUUCGCACGCGCUUUCCAUUUGCAUUGCUUGCGCAUAAAAUUUAUGAGUUGCUGCGCCUAGUUUUUCUUUCUGCUGUUCGGUAUUUACCCUUCUUUUUCUGUCUUAACUGGUAUUCUUGAGCCUGGCCAUAAGGGCUUCUCCUUAGGGGGUAUGAAGGGAGUCGUCUAGGAAUUGAUACGAGAGCGUAACGAUGCUUUGCCAUGGCUAAACUACCACCAGCCCUGGUCCUUUUGUAGUAUCAAUAAUAGCGAUGUACAGGUCGGUGUCUGAUGAGUUCGUCCCAACACCAAGUUGAAUAUCACAGCUCUGCAGUCUGUCAUGGAGAGAUAACUACAGGUUGGCGAGAACAGGGGGAAAAAAGGCCAUGCCAAUAAAGCUCUAUAAAUUACCGCCAUGUUCCACAGCCGUUUAUUGUUCAUUAGAAAUGUAGUGAGUGAGUGUAUCUCC